GCGCCGUUUAAUAUUUAUUAAAAAAAAAAACGUUGUGGUGUUACUAUUUUUUUUAAUUCUAAUCUAACGUUUUUAUCCUAUCGUGGGAGUUAGCUUUUAUUGAUUUUAAAUUUAUUCGGUUUUAUACUCUCGACGUACGCAUUAUUGUGAACGACUUGCAACAUGAUUGACAUUUUUGGACCCAUAAAGACAUUGCUGAAAUUCGACAAUGUUGUUAUCGACAACAUUGUCUUUCGAUUGCAUUACAGGGCAACCGUUCUUAUUCUAUUAGUGUGCUCGAUUCUCAUAACAUCUCGACAGUACUUUGGCGAUCCGAUUGAUUGCAUGGUCGAAGGUAUACCAACGAACAUCAUGGACACAUACUGUUGGAUAUACUCGACGUUCACCUUACCAAAGUGGAACAAUGGAAAAAUCGGCAAGGACGUGCACCCAGGUGUUUCAGUUUAUGACGAAGACACAGAUACAGUCAAGUACCAUAAAUAUUAUCAGUGGGUUUGUUUUGUGUUGUUCUUCCAAGCUAUGUUCUUCUACGCACCCAGGUAUUUGUGGAAGUUAUGGGAGGCUGGUCGCAUGAGGUCACUGAUCAUGGAUCUCAAUUGUUCAAUCGUCUUCGAUCCUGAGCAUAAAGAAUUAUUAAUAAAUUACUUUGUCAAAAACCUACAUUUGCAAAAUUUCUAUGCUAUCCGCUUUUUCCUCUGUGAGUUCCUUAACUUGUGCAACAUCCUACUCCAGAUGUAUUUUAUAAAUUACUUUCUUGAAGGUGAGUUUAAAAUGUAUGGUUAUAAUAUAUUAACAAUGAAUGAAACGAAACCGGAAGAUCGUACGGAUGUAAUGAAUCGAAUGUUUCCCAUAGUCACCAAAUGUACAUUCCACAAAUUCGGUCCAACUGGCAGUAUUCAGAAGUUUGACGGUAUGUGCGUGUUGCCACUAAAUGUUCUGAACGAAAAAAUUUUUGCGUUCCUGUGGUUUUGGUUCUGGUUUAUUGCCAUAAUUAGUGUAUUAAACAUUGUUUAUCGUACACUUAUUAUUGUAAACCCCGUCUUACGUUUAAUGUUAUUGAAAUCAAAAACUGAUAGCUCUUCUCACAAGGCAUUAAAAUCUUUAACUCAGAAGUUUUGGAUAGGUGAUUGGUUUGUCUUUUAUCAACUGAGCAAAAACAUCAGUCCCGUGGAUUUUAGGGAUCUUGUAUCAGAUUUGACUAAUAAGUUUGAGGAAAAGGAUAAUGUAUAAAUGUGACUCAAUAACCUAAAACAUUUUCAAUUUUAAAAACUUACUAAAU